GGAGGCCUGAUCAACUUCGAGAAGAGGAGGAAGGAGUUCGAGGUCAUCGCUCAGAUUAAGCUGCUGCAGUUGGCCUGUAAUAACUACAACUUCCAGCGUGUGUCUGGAUUCAGCGCCUGGCUCUGCAGUGUGGAGAAACUGUCUGAGGCAGAGAGUUACAGUCAGUCGUGUGAGAUUGAGCCGCUCUCUGAAUCGGCCUCUAACACACUGCGGGCCAAGAAGAGCUCAGGAAUCAUGAAGCGGUGGAGCGAUCGUCAGCCGGUGUGUGUGGGCGAGGCGGGCUGCAGCUCUUCCUCCGGCAGUUCUCACUCCAAGUCUUUCGAUCAGCUGCGUUUCCCGGUGUGUGUGAGCGGCGGCUCGGUGUGUGACGGCGGAGACUCAGUGAGUGUGACGUCUGCCGGCUCCAGCAGCUCUGAUGUGGAGGAGGUGAACAUCAGCUACACCUCUGAGUCUCCAGACGCACCUGAGAGGAAGACCUCCACGCCCUUCGUAAAACAUUCCAAUUCUACCUUAGGGAAGUGCGGCCCUUCAGGAGACCUGAUACCCACGUUCUGGGAGUCCACGUCUCUGUCGUCACUGGAUGCCUCGGCUCUAGGCUCGGGUUCGGGCUCCAGCAGCGCCUCCUCGUCCUCGGUUUCCUCCACGCCGGUCAGUGUGUCACGCUCACACAAGCGCUCGGCGUCCGGUGUGUCCAGCUACUCGUCUCUGUCGCUGCCGCUGUACAACCAGCAGGUGGACGACUGCUGCAUCAUCAGGGUCAGCCUGGACGUGGACAACGGCAACAUGUACAAGAGCAUCCUGGUGACCAGUCAGGAUAAAACUCCUGCCGUGGUGAGGAAAGCCAUGGUCAAACACAACCUGGACCGCGAGCGAGCCGAGGAUUAUGAGCUGGUCCAGAAAAUCAGUGAGGAGAAGGAGCUGAAGAUUCCCGACAACGCCAAUGUUUUCUACGCCAUGAACUCUACAGCCAACUAUGAUUUCGUCUUGAAGAAGCGAGGUUUCCCCAGAUCGGGCCGCACCAAACACGUGGCCAGCUCCACUCUGCCUCGCAUGAAGCAGAAAGGCCUAAAGAUCGCCAAGGGAAUCUUCUGAGCAGGGCAGAACUCUUCUGGAGGCGUCCGGCAGCCCAUCUGUGUGUUUACAGUCGUCUGUGCCGUCAGAGAACGCUCCGUGAGGACUGAAGCGCAUCAGAUGGAGAGCUCACGCCGCGUGAACUGCAGUACUCACAAUGCCACAGAGCUGAUCACAUGACAGGAAGCGGCGCUCAUCUGAAUGUGUCCGGCGAUGCGUCUCCAUCAGUGGCGGCUGGUCAAUAGGGGGCGCUGGGGCGCCGCCCCCCUUCAAGUUAGCCUACUUUAAUAUGUUAAUAUUUAUUAUCACAAAUAUUAACAAAAUAAAUUGAUUUAAUGAUAACACUCUACAGUUAGUCAUACUAACAUUUAUUGAAAAUAAAAAAAAAUGUAUGAACAAUAUUUUUUCAUAUGUGUGCGGGGCGCCGGACUAAUGAGUGUCUAUGUAGAUACACGAACUUUUGCAAUACAUGUGAUAUGACAAAAAGCUCUAAUUGGCCCGUUUUAAAUUGUCCUUGGGGCGCAGCACUCUGCGCCCCGAACCCGCCCAUUUAUGUUGUCAGAACGAAUCAUAUUUGUUUUUAUAUGGUUGGCCUUAUGUGAUUGGACCAUUCCCACUUGGACCUUUCACUUAGCAAGCAGCUCCUCAGUUAACUGACGACAAUUAAUAAUAGUGGAAGCAAGUGCAAUUUCUCGAAAUGAAGGAAAAUUCCGUUGUAUAUUUGCAAAGAUAUCCUUUCACAAGGCGUUUGGAUGAAGAAAAAAAAAAGAAUCAAGGAGCUUGGACCAGAUCGACCUUCCUUGCAAAUUCAACAGCAGUCAAGUGAUCGUGGACGCGCGCACACUCGGGGCUUUUCCAGCACUUGUUAUGACAAACGGAGCUGGCUGGCAGGUUGUGAUGUAAGUCAUGCCUUUUACUGUUUCCCGUGUUUGCUGUUUGCCGUGAAGGACAUCGAUUCAGUCCACAUCAGGGGGAGCAUCCAGCAAUUCCAGCAGGACAUACAGAAGAUCAGAAAUUCUCUCCAUUCCCUGGUUGACCAAUGCAGUGAAGGUGGUUUUCAACAGAAGAGGCGGCGGUCCCUCAGUCCAGAGGUUCAUGAACAGAUAGCAGCAGAAGUCUGUGAUACCAUACUCACACACACACUGGAGCGGUUCUCCUUCACAGACCACCUCGUUAGUGCCACAUUGCUGCAGGCAGACAGGUUUGAGCAGUAUACAGUAGCUUUUCCAGAAGAUGCACUUAGCAGGACUCUGAAAGCCUAUCCUGUGCUCGAUGGAAGUAAGCUAAAGACAGAGCUCAGUCUCAUCUACUCCAAGGAGCCUGCUGAGUCUUUUCAGAGACUGUAACUCUCCUAAAGAUUCUGGUAACUACGCCUAUGACCACAGCAGAAGCUGAGAGGUGCUUCUCAACUUUGAAAAGAAUAAAAACUUUUCUGAGAAACAGCAUGACCCAAGAGAGGCUGAAUGCAUUGGCCAUGCUGUCAAUAGAGAAGAGACUAGUGACUGAGAUGACUGACUUUAACCAAAAGGUCAUUGAGAAAUUUGCAAGCCAGAAAGAAAGGAGAGCAAAAUUUAUUUUCAAGUAGUGCUACUGGCCAGUGAUUAGGCAACAUCUAUGUGUGUCUGUGCGUGUGUUUAUUGAUUACUUCAUUACUGAUAAUAAACCUAAAUUGAACUAAAAUUUUCUGAUUUAUGAAGCAUUUGUUGUAUGCUUUAGUCAUAUUUUUGUUUUUUCAUACAUCACCUGAUAAAUGGCUUUUACACUGUUGCAUUACCAACCGUUAGGUCAGUUCUGGUGUUUGCGCCCCCCCACAUUUUUUUAGCACCAGCCGCCACUGGUCUCCAUGCUUCACGCCGGUGCUCAGGCCACUUCUGUCUCAAGCUUUACUUUCUCACAUGACUGUGAAAAUCGUCGUUUGACAACAAAGUCACUUUUUGGCCUCUAUAAAGGAGGUUUGUUUGUAAAUUUGCAUAGUGAACAUGAUGAACACGUGUCUGACAUGAUGAGUGUUUUUAUUAUAAAGGGGAAAUGAAUGUCUCCAUUUUGCCGACGCUCUCGUCAGCUGGGUUUCCAUCAGCCUGUGUUAAUUAAGUAUCACAAGAGAAACGAGUGAACUAAAAAAAAAAAAUCGCUAAAGUUUUUAUGCUCACUUGAGCACUUGAUGAACGCUACACCCUCAUGACUCCAUCUUGCUUGCCUUGUUUGCUUUUGGUUGCUAGGUUACCAAUACUACAGUGAGCCGCUCUAACAAUAGCUGUGUUUCCAUCCAAAGAUGCGUAAAACUGUAAUAUGGUAUUAAGCAUUAGACACUGUUAUCAGAUAUCACUGAGGGAAGUGGAGUCUGCUGCACUGUGGGGAUUCUCCACUGUGCUGUUUGUUCUCCUCUAAUAAUUGAGCUGCGCCUCACAACACCAACACCAAACGCAGUGAACACGGUGAAUGCGGUGGCUUUUGGAGACGUGAGACGGGAGUGCAGACAGAUGCUCAAGACAGUUCUGGAGGGAAUAAUAGAAGAAGAAGAAGAAUACUGAAGCACUGUGAUGACGGAGGGCUGAGGCCUUUUACAAUCAGCACAACAACAUUUAAAGCUGCAAACCAACAGUAAUGAUGCAAAGUCCCUCAAACACACUAUUAUAUCUGAUCAGCAUCUGGCAGAAACUACAGCACUGAACACAGACACUGAUGAAGCGCAGGCAGGUUAUUCACUAAUUGUGUUUAUGCACACUGGACAAAACGUUCAUCCUACUCAUGUUAAGCGCAUCGUGACGUUUCCAUUCAGCAUUUUGUUUAACGCGAUAUUCCAGAAAUGUGCAUACAAAUAGGUGGAUGGAAUCACCGCUAAUGAUGGAAACGCUCCUGACUCACAUUUAUACUUUUUGGCGAAAAGAUCUGCUUCAGGUCACUAUGGAAACCCGGCGAUAGAGAGCUGCAACUCGUUCUCAUGAAGCUUCAGUAUCUUCGCAUUCGCCUGACUGGCUGGAAAAAGAACUUCAGCUGCUGUGUGGAGUAGGGUCUGUCUGCUGACUGCAAGACGAGUGCAACAUGAAGGGGCGUAACUUGUAGUACGUUAGAGGCGUAACAUGAAGUUAUGAAAACCCACAUGUCAUAACUAUGUUGUCGGCAAGAUGGCGCUGUACAUUAGUUAUUUACUUCUACACCUACUCUACACCUAAACCCAACCAUCACAGUUAUUAAUAAUGUCUACACCUUCCCCAACUAUUAACCCAACCAUCACAGUUAUUAACGUCUACCCCAACCCUAAAAACGACCAUCAUCAUCAUUAAUGUCUACACCUUCCCCAAACCUAAACCCAACCAUCGUCUUUGUUAAUGUCUACACCUUCCUAACCCCUAAACCCAACCAUCUCAGUUAUUUACAUCUACACUUAUUUUCAUCUCUCAUCUCGCGAGUAUUUCCAUCUCUCAUCGUUCAAUGGGAUCUCGAAAACUGCAAGUUAAGCCUCUCUAACUUACUGCAAGUUACAUCCCUUCAUGUUACGCCCCGUCCUGCAGUCCGCAGACAGAUACACCUGACUGUGUGCGCACAUUGAUGUGUGAAAGCCCCUUCUGUAAUGCACUGUGUUUGACCCGAUAUUCUGACUGUAGUGUUGGGAGAUUUGCUGUGUGUUGUCGCUCUGUAUCAGUGCUCCAGAGACUCUGGCACAGUAUUCCUGCACUGGGAAACACAGAGUUUCUCAUCAAAUGUGGGAAAAGAGAAGUGGAUGUGAAGUGUAACGCCAGUCUGUAGAUCAUUAAGACUGAAUCUGUGUGAGUGUCUCGGUGAGUGUGAGUGUGUGUGCAUGUGCUUGCUACACGUUUAAUGUCUGUGUUUUGCGUGUUCAUGUCUUGUGUUUUUUGACAACGACACCCAAAGGGCCAAAGAUCUCAGUCGUCCAGUGAGGUCAGCACUGCCUGUUCAGGAAACCGAGAUCAGAUCUGAACACCACCGCUGUUGGUGCCAUUUGUCUUUUUCACUGUCUAAACAUAUUUACAAAAAUAUACUUUACUAUAACACACACACACGCUGAUUUUGUAUGUUCUUUUUUGUAAUUUUUGUACAAUAUGAAUCGUCCUUUGUACUUCUGCCUUUGGUUUGGUUCGUGAGCGUGUAUGUGUAUUUAUUGAUUUGUAAAUACUUUUUGUAGCAUUGUACAUUUAGUUUCCUCUCCCAUGUAAUUAUGAAUUAAUAUGUACAUAUGAAUAUAUCUACGCGAAGUUUAUACCGCUGCAAAUAAGGGAUUGUGUUUCUUUUCAGCUGUUUUCUGUUUGUCUCGUCUUUUUUCAUGGUUUCAAUUUGAUAUUGUUAUUAUUUUCUCCUUAUGAUGCACUGUUUCUAAUAUUGAAGAAAAAACAGCUAAUAAACACAUGCAGUGCGUUUCAG